AGUGUAAUUUGAUUUCUUUCAUGUAGUAUCAUUGAGUCCUGCGAUUGUAGCAAGUGCACAGACGUUGUUUUCCUCUCGCCUUCUCUCAUUUACGUGUGUGUAUACGCAUCUUAACUCUUCCAUUGCCGUUUGCUUAGAGAAGAAAAAGGGUUUCACGUUCAGCAGGUCGCGUGCGGCCAAGUCCAGCAAACAAACAGAGAUGCUCUCUACUUCUUCAAAGCCCAAGAAGGGCAAGUGCCAGAAAAUCUUCGAUGUCCUCUGCGCCUUGCUCUCGCUGCGCCUCGUCCUCGUCCUCGUCUACAUCAUUAUGAUAGUCCUUCUCUGCGUGAUUCAAGGCAUCACCCUCUUCAGCAGCCCUAAAAUCGAUAUCCUUCACAUCCAGUCAAACAAGAUCGUCGCUGCACAGGUGACCUUUCUCAGCAAGACUUGGUACGGCGUGGACAUCCCCAUCCACGGUGCGAAUGCCACGGCGCAAAUUAACAUCAAAAUGUGGAUCACCAAGCUGAAGCUCGACAUCGCCAUUCCCUACGACUUCGCCCCGCAGAACAUUUCACAGGAGUACCGCGUGCAGGACGUCCCCUGCAAGGAGUUCCGUACCGUGUUCAAGAAUCUGCAAAUCUUCAGUCUGCUCUCCAUCUUUACCGGCUUCAUUGUGCUCGUGCUCACCGCGGCGAACUUCUUUACCCGCAUGUUUCUCCCGCUGCUGUGGUUCUUUGUGUGGCUCGCCGUCGCCUUCACUGCGUCGAUGACGGCGAUGAUGUUUAAGCUGCUGUGCGACGGCGAGUGCUACGGCGAGCCCAUUGCGAUCCCCCCCUUCACUCGUUUGGCCAUACCGAUGGGCGGCUUUGCGCUCUCCAUUAUUUGCUUUGAGUGCUACCUCCUCACGUCACUGCUGACUGUGUUUUUGUAA